AGCGACAACUUCAUAAUGGGGAUCGCACAUGGGAGAGAUGGCACGUGCCGCAGCGAUGACAAGUGGCGAGACAUCAUUGGAAGCUCGUCAGCACACACCCGAGCUUUUGCAUCACCUUCCGAAGCUGGAAAUGGAAGGCGUCAAAACAACUUUAUCCGGAAGAAGAAGCGGAAGAAGAAUACCAUGAGCGCCUUCACUCGAGCUGCAUCUCCGCCACUCCACUCACAAACCACCGCCAAGCCCCGCCACGCCCACCCCCUCCGCCCCUCUCUCCCCGUCGCCCGGUCGUCCCUCCCCCCCGGCGGAGAACCCGCCGCCGGCCGCCGCGGGGUCGCCGCGUCCGCCCUCGCGCUCGGGCUCCUCGCCGCGGCGGCCCCCGUGGCGCGGGCGGAGAGCUGGGGCACGCGGUCGUUCCUGAUCGAGCGGUUCUUCCAGCCGGGGCUCUCGCCGGAGGACGCGGCGGCGAGGAUCCGGCAGACGGCGGAGGGGCUGCACGACCUCCGGGGCAUGCUCGACACCAUGUCGUGGAGGUACGUCAUCUUCUACAUCCGCCUGAAGUCGGCCUACCUGUCCCAGGACCUGAAGAACGCGGCCACCACGCUGCCGGAGGGUCGCCGGAGGGCUUACGUCAGCAAGGCGAACGAGCUGGUGGAUAACAUGGCCGAGUUCGAUUACUACGUCCGCACUCCCAAGGUGUACGAGUCGUACCUUUUCUAUGAGAAGACGUUGAAAUCCAUCGAUGACCUCGUGGAGAUGUUAGCAUAGGAGAGAGAGAGAGAGAGAAGGCGCGCACGGCGACCAUGGCCUAAUUGGCAGCCGCCGAUCAACGGUGCGGUCUGAAGGGGCGACUCGGCUUCUGAGUUGAAGGCGCUUGAUCUUGUGUGAUUUCUGGCUACAUUCUUUUGCCAAGUCAGAAAUAGUCUUUCUUGCUUUCGAACUCAUGGCUGCUCUUCAUUAGCAUGAAAAUCAGAACAAUCUCAAAGUACAUAUAUGUGAUGUAUGUGAAUGAAGCUGAUAUUUUAUACGGAGGCUGAUUCUUUUACUA